CACAACCAGCUAUGGCCGCCGCGGCUCAACCUCCGCCGCCGCUCGACAUCUUAGUCCGAUCACCGGAAGGCUUCUCACUCUGGAACGGGCCCCCGUUUACCAACGGCCAACCCGGCAUCAAGCUCGACCAGAAAAUCUCUUGCUCCACCACCAAAUUCAGCGACGACGGAUCGCGCCUCAUGGUGCUGAAGCCCGAUGGCGUCAUCACCAUCUACGACUGCCGGAGGUACACCGAGAUUAGGUCUUUCCAAGUCCCCAAUCUCACCGCCGCCGCGUUGUCCCCACGCGGCAGGUUUGUCCAGACUUUCCAGAAGUCCUCGACGCCGCAGAACAAGAAUGUGACGCUGUGGAACGUCGACACCGGAGAAGCGGAGUACGAUCAGUUCCAGAAGAGCAUAACCAGAACGAACUGGCCGUCGAUUAGGUUCAGCGCCGACGAGGCGGUUGCGUGUAAACUGGCGACGAAUGAGGUACAGUUUUUCGAUGCUGUGGAUUUUUCGAAAGGAGUUACGAAUCGGUUGAGAGUUGCUGGAGUUGCUGCAAUUGAGCUUUCUACGGCGCCUGGCUCUCAUGUGGCUGCAUUUGUUCCUGAAGCCAAGGGGAUUCCUGCUAGUGUCCAGAUAUUUGCAACUAGAAAAGAUUUACAGAGUCAACCUGUUGCUCGGAAGAGUUUCUUUCGAUGCUCUUCAGUGCAACUGAAAUGGAAUAAUGGAUCAACGGGGCUUUUAGUUGUGGCGCAGUCAGAUGUUGAUAAAACCAACCAAAGUUACUAUGGGGAAUCAAAGCUGUACUACUUGACAACAGAUGGAACCUAUGAAGGACUUGUACCUCUUCGCAAAGAGGGGCCUGUUCAUGAUGUUCAGUGGUCAUACUCUGGAUCAGAGUUUGCUGUAGUUUAUGGCUUUAUGCCUUCUAAAACAACUGUGUUUGAUAAGAAGUGCAAUCCUCUUCUUGAGCUUGGAACAGGCCCGUACAAUACUAUCCGAUGGAAUCCAAAGGGAAAAUUUCUGUGUGUGGCAGGCUUUGGUAACUUACCAGGUGAUAUGGCAUUUUGGGACUACAUGGAGAAAAAGCAGCUUGGAACAACUAAGGCCGAAUUAUCCGUGACAAGCGAAUGGUCUCCAGAUGGAUGCUAUUUCAUGACUGCCACAACUGCUCCAAGACUACAAGUUGACAAUGAGAUUAAGAUUUUCCACCACAAUGGUUCAUUGUUCUUCAAGAAGAUGUUUGACAAGCUGUUCCAGGCUGAUUGGAAGCCUGAGUCACCUGAUAGGUUCAGUGACAUUUCAGAACUUGUCAAGUCCUUUGUAUCAAUAAAAGUUGAUAAUGCGAAACCUCAAGGGGAAAGGUCAAAAUCUUCCCAGACGUCUGCAAAAGCCAUCCCUAACAAUCCACCUGCACAAAAGCCUGCAGCAUAUCGGCCCCCAAAUGCUAAGCAAGCUGCUAUCGUUCAGGCAGAGUUGUUUGGAGGAACCUCCUCAGAAACAAUGAGUAAGAAUGCAUUGCGAAACAAGAAGAAAAGGGAGAAACAAAAGGAGAAGAAGGCUACCGAGGGGGCCAAUGAUAGUUGAUCGCAGCAUUUUUUUCAUCUUCUGCUGCUGGAUACUUGAUGCAUGCCACAGCAAAAUGAAGAUACCUAGGAGUGGAUGGAGCGCUGGAUUUUCCUACAAUUACCAUCCCUAAUUAGGUCUGAGAUCCAGAUUUGUUCCUUGAGCAUGGUUUCUGUUUAUGAGCAUCUCUGGUAUGAGCAUAUGUUUUUAUAUGUGAUCCUAAGCUGCUUUCUUUUUUCAAAAAUGCAAGAUGAGAGGACAGGGAUACUGUUCUGGUAAAGCUGUAACUUUAGGAUGGUAAUGACCGAGAGAGCUAGGGAUAUGGAAAUGAUGCAGUUUAUACAAAUUACCCUUUGUAUUACAGGGAUUUGAUCUUCGAGCUAUCUCAAAGCAUCUACAAUGAUACAAUGAGAUUUUGGUUUU